GUCAAUCGAUUUAUUUUGUAUCGGCUUUUGUUUUUUCGUAAUGCACAGCUUAACUGCCGACCAUGUGGAUGACCACCAGUUGGAUGCAAACUACAAUAGGCUGCUGUACCUGCUAAAAGGACAGAUUUUGCAACUUUCCGAUCCUACCGAGGUUACGAUUUGCAGAAAUUGGAUACAACGCUUCAACACAGCCCGGCCGGAAGAAAAAUUGGACCGGAACAAACUUACCAGUUUGCUGGUCGAACAACUAUCGGAUGAUAAUUUGAGCUUCCCUUUUAUUUUUAUGAAAAAAAUCAAUCAGCCACUUAGUUCUUUGGUGUCAGAAUUUAAACAAUCAUUCACCGGUACAAGUCUAGAAGCAGAUAGGCCAUCUCAGAUGGAGAUGACCGACAUUUUAACGAACUUGAAUGAUCUCUUGUCUGAUGCUGAAACCUUAAAUCUUCACGUUGAAGGUGACUUGGAAUCGAUUCGAAGUGAUAGGAACGAAAGCGCGCAUAACCAGCGUUUAAGUAAAGAAAUAGAGCAAUCGACUGAAUUGUUGUCACAAUUACGCUCUCAAUUGGAGUACUACGAAACGUUGAAGGUGGAACUGCAGAAUUUACUCACUCAAAAAUUACCACAGCUAUUCGAACAUCCGGAAAUAGAAAUCUCCUUUAAUGAUCUUCUCAAACCAGCAGAUAUCGACUGGAUCCGGUCGGCUGUGCAAACAGUCAGGCAGGAGAUAUGUUCGUUGCGGAAAUCAUCGUCCACCGUCAGCCUAAGCGAGUGCGUGGGAACCCAGACUGCAGCAGAAUUUGACACGUCUGACAUGGAAGCAUUUUUUGAGCGGAAAUUUGCCCGCCUAUACGUGAGAGAGCACGCACGACAGAUGGAGCAACGGUCUCGGGAUGGUCUCACGCAAAUUGAAUUGUCGCGAAAGUUUGCCAAACGUUUUCAGCUAAAGAAAUAA